AAAGAGACGCAGAAAAUAGCAGCUUUGCCGAUGAUUGGACAAAACGACACCGCAGACGGGUCUCUCCUGGCCAAGGCCGUUGACAGCAUUGAUUUCCUGCUCCACCUUUCCCUCAGCCGAUGAUCGAGAUUGAUUCGCUAUUGACUCAUUCCUCUGCCAAGAAUCCAAGACGCUGCAAUGUAAGGUACGGAUACAGGUCGGGUCACUCUGCACUCCGAUGCCUCCAAACUCUUGUUCAGUCCCUAGGCCUUGCUCACCGAUGGUUCGUGCCCCUGAAAGACGUUACAGGCGACAAUGGUAACCCCCCGAGGGUCCCCAUCUGUGUGCCUGGAGACCUCAGUGGAAACCCUGAGUCUUUGAUGGCCAGGCCCGGUCUACGUACAGGGCAUUGGACGUGUAUUGGCCGCAGUGUUACUUUGUACCGUACGAAUGCCGAUACGAAGGACGGGCGGCGAGACGACGAUCCUGCUGUUUCCAGGCUGCCCUCCCGUCUGGAGCCGUGCGGCGUGCCACGCCGAAGUGCCCGCAACUUUAAGCAAGCGUUGGAAUAUUUGGGUCUUGGCGGGUGAGGCGAGCCAGGCGCCAUCUCUUGUUCAUUUCGUGCCAAUCUCGCCAGCACCUUUCAAGCCAUCAUCACCGACAUCACACUGGGUCUUGGCGGAGUCCCCUUAAUAAUCCAAGUUGGCACGCCUAGCAUUCAAUGUCUGAAACUGAAGCUCAAGCUUAAGCCGCUGCUCGUUACGGAUACUUGUGUGGCCACCAGCCGCUGCACAGUCAGCAAGUCCUCGACAGCCACGCACGCCUACGGAGUACACCUCACUUUUCCAGUGCUCACUG